AUGCAGACUCCAGCUGCCGUCGAGCGGCUGAAGAGGCUGAACGCUGAUUCAGACGGACCCAAGCUACUCAAGGUCGGCACCAAGAAGAAGGGGUGCUCUGGACAAACGUAUUCGCUCGAAUACGUGACCGAGCCGGGCAAGUUUGACGAACUGGUUGAGCAAGACGGCGUCCGGGUGCUGGUCGAUUCCAAGGCCCUGUUCUCGUUGAUUGGAUCUGAGAUGGAUUUUGUGGAGGACAAGCUGUCGAAUCAGUUUGUGUUCCACAAUCCGAAUGUUAAGGAAAUGUGCGGCUGUGGACAGUCGUUUAUGGUUUGA